AGGGACACGCACAUUAUUCGGGAAUUUCUUUUGGAAUAAUGGGUGGGAAAUUUAGAGAAAGAAUAAUGGGUUAAAAUUUGCCUGCCUGGAUCACGUGAUCAGUAUUUAACCCUUUCAAUACUGCAUGAGCAUGUGUCAGCAUCAGCAAACAGUACAGUACAAUUUAACAGCACUUUACAGCAACAGCAAUGAGUAACUCCACUGGAAAUAAUACUGAACAGAUUUCAGGACACUCAAAGUAAUUCACUUGAGGAUUACAUUGAGUCAUCAGUAGUGUUACAAUAUAACCAUGAAUGAUGAUAUUAAUAAUCAAAAUGAAUUUUUGGUAUUAUCAGAGCAUAAUAAUGGGAAUAAUGGGCCAAAAAGGAGAGAAUAAUGGGAUUGAGGAAGAGAAUUGAAGAAUAGAAUUAUAGGGUUGAAAAAAAGAAUAAUGUGCAUGUCCCUAGUGUGGCUUAGUGUCUAUGCCUAUGGUAACGCCCACUCAAAAUGUCUUCCAAAGGACUUUCAUUUAUUCGAGGCUCUAGCUUAUGCUUCUCAGUUAGACUGAGCCGUUCCGCUAGCACAAAGGCAGCAAGACAAAAAAUAGUCGUCCUUGGUUGCGGCUGGGGCAGCUAUUCUGUCCUCCGCUCAGUAAAUAAGAAGAAAUUUGACGUCAUUUGCAUCAGCCCAAGAAACCACUUCCUAUUCACGCCUCUCCUCGCAAGCACUACAGUAGGUACCCUAGAAUUUCGUAGCAUUAUUGAGCCGAUUCGUAAUACCGGUUUUAGAGAUGAACAUCAUUUUCAUCUGUCUUAUGCUACUCAUCUCGACCACGCCCAAAAAGUUGUCCAGUGUCGUAGUGCCCUGGACCCAUCUAUGACGUACCCGGUCUCUUACGAUAUUCUUGUGAUUGGAGUGGGGGCUAAUUCCAGUACUUUUAAUAUACCAGGAGUUAAUGAACACGCCCUCUUUCUUAAAGAGAUUCAAGAUGCCCGUGAGAUCCGAAAGAGGAUCCUAACUAACUUUGAAUUAGCAACACAGCCUCUCGUCUCCGAAGAAGAGAAGAGACGAUUGUUACACUUCGUGGUGGUAGGAGGGGGACCAACUGGAGUGGAGUUUAGUGCAGAGUUUUAUGACUUCCUCCAACAAGAUCUUGAACGGUUGUACCCUGAUGAAAGAAGCACAGUUCAUAUAACGUUAAUUGAAGCAAAUGAGAUCCUUUCUUCCUUUGAUACAAAGCUUCGCUCGUAUACGGAAAAAAUAAUUAAAAAAAGAGAAAGAAUGCAAAUUCUGAAAGCAUCUGUUACUGAAGUGACUGAUACUGGAAUUACAUUAAGUGAUGGCUCAGUGAUGCCUUGUGGUAUGGUAGUAUGGUCUGCUGGACUAGCACCAAGGAGUUUUGUUAAUGAUCUAAAUGUGGAUAAGAACAGUCGAGGACAAAUAUUAGUCGAUGAAUAUUUAAAGUUACCUUCACUAGACAGUGUCUACGCCAUUGGAGACUGUGCUUCUGUAAUCGGCAAUGACAUGCCUUGUACUGCUCAAGUCGCUGAAAAACAAGGCCGUUACUUAGCUAAAGCACUCUCUCGUAAAGCUUCUACUCCUCCUCCUCCCUUUGUCUUCAAGCAGACUGGGAUGUUAGCUUACAUUGGAGAUUAUAGAGCUUUAGCUGAUACGUCAGUUGGAAAAUCACAAGGAUAUGCUUCCUGGAUAUUAUGGCGCUCAGCCUACAGCACUAAACUUGGCAGCUGGAGAUUAAGAAUGCAGGUUCCCAUGGACUGGAUGAAAACAUUCUUCUUUGGGAGAGACACUUCACGAUUUUAACUCAGCACUAAUUUAAAUUUCAGCAUUAUUAAUUUUUAAAUAAUUAUUAUAAUUAAAAAUGACCGAUUGAGUGAUGGAGGUUGCACAGUAA